AUGGCAAAUAGGGGACUCACCCAAGCCGAGGUCAUGAACAUGAUCUUUUCCGACGAUGUCCCUGACCUGGAUAUGAGCUCAGAGAGCGAGUCGGACUCUGAUGAGGAAUUAAUUCCUCAAUUUGUAGAGGAGAUAGAGGUGCCCAUUCCAAUGGAUGAGGUACCACCAACCGAUGAGCUGAGGUGGGAGGGAGCCGGCGCCUAUGCCCCAGACGAGUUCACUUUUGAUGGCUCUGGGAGUGGCGUGCAGUCACACCUGCCUCGGACUGUAUCCGAGGCAGAUUGCUUCAAACUGUUAAUGACAGAAGAGUUGGUGGGCCGCAUCGCUGAUCAGACAAACACCUUUGCUGAGCAGCUGAAGGAGACGGCUGAUGUGCAGGGUAAGCUCCAGAAAUGGGUGAGCACAACUGUGCCAGAGCUCUACACAUUUUUUGUGGCCAUCCUGCUCAUGGCAACCGUGAAAAAGAGGGCCCUGAAGGACUACUGGAGUACGAACAUCAUGUACUCCACACCCUUUUUCUUCAUCCUCUUUUCUCAAGAUCGGUUCCUAAUUCUUCUGCGUUCCCUUCACUUCGCGGACAACACCACCUUGAACACUGCUGACCCCCUUAGCAAAAUCAUUCCGGUGUUCUCCUAUCUAACCACACAGUUCAAAAACUAUGUGCAAGACCUGAUCAUAUAUACUGGCACUACAACCGACAUUGUGAACAUUGAUGGCCUGGGUGUGUCUGGCUCUGUGGUGAUUUCAAUGCUGGGAGACUAUCUAGGGAAGGGACAUGUCUUAUAUGUGGACAACUGGUACAGCAGUCCAACGCUGUUUCUGUACUUGAUGAAACGCAGAACAGGGGCCUGUGGGACUGUGAGGGCAAAUAGGAAGGGAAUGCCGACUUUCCCCAGCAAAAUGAGAAAGAGUGAUGUGGAGUUCAAAAGGGCUGGGCAGCUUUUAGCUGUUAAGUGGCAUGACAAAAGAGAUGUCCAUGUCCUCUCCACGGUCAGUAAAGCUGUGAUUGCUGAUUCAGACAAGAUGGACUACAUGACAGGCCAGAGGAAGUCAAAGCCCUCCUGUGUCCUUGACUAUAAUAAGCACAUGGGGGCAGUGGACCGCUUUGACAUGCGCAACAGUUUUGUGGAAUGUACAAGAAAGUCUCUGAAGUGGUACAAAAAAGUGUUUUUUCAUUUGAUUGACUGUUGCGUCCACAAUGCGCAAAUUGUAUACCAGCAGGCCACUGGUAAGGUCAUCCAGCCUCAAGCGUUCAGAGACAAUCUGAUGCGUCAGCUGCUGGAGCAGUACCACACUCCACGGCAUGCCUCCACCGCUGGGCGCCCAUCAAUGGACCAUCCACUCCGUCUCACAGCACAACAUUUCCCUUCUGAUGUGCUGCAGACAGAUGCCCAAGGAAAGAGCACAAGAAGGCACUGCAAGGUCUGCCUUCACGGCACACGAAGGCCCCGGCAGAGGAAGCUCACCCGUGUCUUCUGUGCUCCGUGUAACACAGCAUUGUGCGCAACUCCAUGCUUCGCCGAGUUUCACAGCCUGAAACAUUAUUGA